UGUGUCAAAGUCAAAGAAGAAAAAACAAAAACAAAACAGCAUCAACAUUUUGAUCAUUUGAUUUCUAGAAAAUUGAUAGAAGUAGAAUUAAUUGCGGAUUGAAAUGGUUAUUGCUAAAUGAACCUGCGCAAAGUGUUUUCUUUGAGUUCUUUUAGAAAGUUACUGUCAAGUGUAAGUCCUUUUGGUCUCAAAAUGGUAAGGUUUUUCCAAAACCCAUUUGAAGAUUAUCAGCCGGGUGCUGAGCUUGCGAUCAGCAAAGACGACGUCAACGCUCAGAUCACGGAGCAUGUAAAGAACAUAACCAAACGAUUGCAGCCGACGCGUAAGAAUGUCGACGGAGGCCUCUACGUCGGAGUCACCGGCGUCGGUUUUAUGUUUCACUAUUUGUCUAAAAAUCCACUGCUCUCAGAGAACAAGCGAGGAUACCUAGAAAAGGCUAUGGAGUAUGUGAAGCCCGCGUUAGAGACAUCUGCGGGCGAUAAAACGUCUUUCCUACUCGGCGACGCGGGCACGUAUGCCUUGGCCACAGUUGUGCUGAAGGAAUCCGGUGAUGAGCAGUACCAAGAAAUGCUGAAGAUGUACAAGUCCCUUUACAGCCAGUUUCUCAAUCCAAAGUUCUUGAAGUGUGGUGGUGACGAAUUUUUCGUCGGGCGCGCGGGAUACUUGGCUGGUGCUUUGUGGAUCUCUCGCGAGUUACAAACGCCGGUAUUCACAAAUGACGAGCUGUACAAAAUCUGUGACGUGAUGGUCGCAUGUGGCAGGGAGUACUCCACCAAGCACAAAAGCCCUUGUCCACUCAUGUACCAUUAUUACAACACAGAAUACAUUGGAGCUGCACAUGGAGUUAGUUUCAUUCUACAAAUGCUGUUAUCUGUCCCUGGAUAUUUGGAUUUUAACAAGUCAGCAGCUAAAGACAUCAGGACCACAGUAGACUUCAUAGCUUCCCUGCAGACUGAUGAAGGGAACUGGCCAUGUUGUAUGGAAGAGGUGGGUUUGAGUGACCACAAGCUGGUUCAUUGGUGUCAUGGAGCCCCAGGAACCAUCUACCUCAUGGCCAAAGCUUAUCUAGUUUUAAAAGACCAGAGAUAUUACAAUGUUUGCUUGAGAGCUGGAGAAAUAGUCUGGCGUAAAGGUCUGCUACGUAAAGGACCAGGCAUUUGCCAUGGAGUGGCAGGGAAUGGAUAUGUGUUUUUACUUCUCUACAGGUUGACUGGUGAUGAGAAGUACUUGCACAGAGCCAAGAAGUUUGCUGAUUUCAUGUCUACUGAUGAGUUUCUAAGGGAUGCCAGGCUUCCUGAUAAUCCUGAGAGUCUAUAUGAAGGCACUGCAGGAACAGUCUGUUUUUUGGCUGACCUUCUUGUGCCAGAUAAAGCUGAGUUUCCUUUUCAAGAUGUAUUUUCCACUUAUUAAUAUUUCAUCCCUGAUUGCUGUUGUUACUUUUCUUGGUAAAACAUUAUUCAUUCUGAACUGUAAUUUGAUUAUAGCUGUUUACCUGCAUCUAUUUGAAAUGGACUGUUGACAGUAAUAGCUUGUUACUCAUGCAAUUUUGUUGUCAUUUGUGUUGAAAUAAAUUACUUUCUAGUCUCUA